GUCAGGUGGAAUGAAUGCGAUCCCGCUUGACCUAAUUUGGGUAUUUUGGUAGGGUUUUUGGAACUCGCGAUCGAUCGAUCCAUGGCGCUUGCUGCUGCGACGUCAUCGGCUCUGGCGGGGAGGAUCUCGCUGCUCCCGUCGCUCCCGGCUCUAAGCGAGAGAUCGAGCAUCAGGUGCGAUUUCCAGCAGCAGCAGCAGCAGCGGCGGCGGCGGCGGAGCCCGGAAAUGCUGGUGCUGAGAGCGACGGGAGGGGGAGGGGAGAGUGUGGAAGUGGAGCAGAAGGAAACGAUCCUCCCGUCUGGCGAGUGGCCCGAGAAUUUCUCCAUGCUCAACUUCGAGGAUCUCACCGUGCACUUGGAGCCAUCGCUGUUUAAAGCCGAGGCUCAGCCAUCUACGUUUCUCGCGGAUGUCAUGUCUAGGGAGCUGAUCACAGCUUCUCCGGACGCGCUGCUGGAGGAGGUCGAUCACCACUUCUCGCAUAUCUCCGGGCUUCCGGUGGUGGACAAGGAUUUUCACUGCGUUGGUGUUCUGUCCAAGAAGGAUAGAACCAAAGGCUCUAAAGGGCUCAAGACGCCUAUUCGGGAAGUGAUGAGCUCGCCCGCGAUCACCUUAUCUGCUGACAAAACUGUGUCCGAUGCUGCCGUGUUCAUGCUCAAGAACAAAUUUCAUCGGAUUCCUGUUGUAAACAACUCGGGCCAAGUCAUUGGCAUUGUCACGAGAACUGAUAUCUUCACAGCAAUGGAGGGAGGAUCAUAGCGAUGAAACUUCGUACAAACCCGUAAAUAAAACAGUUUGCAAAAUAACUUCCGGUGCCGGGAUUACAACGGAUUAAUCAUUAACACCUUGGAAAAGUAUAUUUUUCAUAUUAGAAAAGGAUAUUCGAUUUUA